UAUUUAGAAAAUAUAAUCAAAUUUUUAUGUAUUAAGAAGAAGUUUGGUAAUUGGUGAGAUUGUUAUUAUGUUUUGUUAUUAUUUUAAAAUUCAGGACGUAUAUUGAAACAUCAAAACACCAUCAGAUAGUUUGCGAGUUGCCGGAAUUUGUUAAAGUUGCAAAAAUUGCUUGGUGCCAAAAUUUUACACAUGUACAAUUUUACAGCGUGUUAUUGAUUGCCAACAAUGACACGGUUUCGACAUGUUCGAGAUGGCACAGGAGCGAUGCACCAUACGGGGCGUAAUCAGAUGGGCCGUAGCCCGCCCCGGCGUCGACGCGAAUCGAACGAAGAGGCGCGAGAAAAUCACUACUGCUUGUUCUGCAAGGUGCAGUUGCCAAGCAAAAAGUUGAUAAUUGAACACAACGCCUCCGCAGUGCAUAAACAAAAGGAAGAUCUAAUCAAUAAAGCUCUCGCAGACGCGCUGCAUUUGUGUUACACGUGCGAGAGGAUGUUUCCUACGAAGAUUGAGCUUGACGCGCACUGCUUAAUGGCUAGACACCAACCUUUAUACAGGGUAGAUGGACUUGAGGAAGAACUGGGGAAAACUGAGGAAGAAGAAGAAGAGGAAAAAGUGGCAAAUAUGUCUGAAGCUGACAGUAGAAGAGCGCAGGGAAAUAAAGAACGGAGUGAUAUCGUGAUGAAGCUGAAUAAGAUGAGGGGCCAUGAAUACGAUCAACGCCAAGAAACGAAGAAAAACUUCUGCGACGUGUGUAAUGUUGAUUGCUUGAACCCUUCUAAUUACAGGAUUCACCUCGACAGCUGGAGACAUCGCGCCGAGGUCGACAAGAAAAAGGAGGAAGAGAAGAAGUUUGAGGAAGAAGCCGAGAAGAAGUUUCAGGAAUCCGAAGAAAACGAACGCAUGAAGGUUCCUUCACAUUUGAGAGAAAAAAUGGAAUACUUCUGUGAGGUAUGUAGCGUCCCGCUCUCUGGCGAGCCUGCCUAUUUGCAACACAUGAAGGGGAAAAAACAUCUGCGACAGAUUAGUCUUAUGAAGCAACCGCUGAGGUGCUACGUUUGCCGCGUUGACUAUAAAGCAGAGAAAGAUUUUAACCAACACCUACAAAGUCGCUCUCAUAUGGACAGAGCAUUUAAAGGUGACGGCAAAAACAGACUGAAAGCAGCGAAAGAGAGAAACGACGAUUGGGUCGAAAAGAAGUUGGAUAAGCGAGAUAAAAAUAGUCGCGACAAAAGAAGCGAUGAUCGAAGAGAUUCAAGAAGUGACAGACGAGAUAAUCGUGGCAGUAAGGAUUUUAAGGGAGAUAACAGAGCUUUUCGCAAAAUGGAACCUGCUUUUCCUAGUAGUGAUCGAAAAGUCGAAAUAGUUACAUCUCCUACUGACAGCAGAAUGGUGGACUUGAGAGAAAAACUACAAGGCAGUAAGAUUGUGGUGACAAAGCCAACUGCGAAGGAGAGUCCAAGACGGAGCGAAAGACCCGAUAAACCGGCGCCACAUCAAGAUCCGGAUAAGCGCGCGAAAGAAUUAGAAAUAGAAGUUACCUUUAAGAAGCUUUCCCGAGAGUACCACAAUGAUUUGAUUGGUUUAAAAGAGAGGUUGACAAGAGAAAGAGAAAACGACAUCUCAGUGUAUCAACAAUACGAAACAACAUACAACAAAUUGUGCGAAGAGGAGGAUUACGUACGCGAAAACCUACGCGUCCUUGAAGAAAACGAUCCGAGUAAAGAAGAGUACAUACGCGAUAUGAUUCGCAUACAGGGUGACAUGCGCGAGGUGCGACAGGAGUUAGAAAUACGCGAGAUGAUGAUCAUCAAACGUGAAACGUUGUUUCGCGAGAAAUUUCCAAACAGCACGGACAACACUGUCAUGCUCAAUCCUGAACAGAAAUCGCCAGCUGCUGUUGUUAUCGAUUAUCACCAUGGCAACAAAAACGUGGCCCCUGGUCAAGAUGGCUCUGAAAAGAAAAGCGAUUCUGAUCUGCGUAUUCAACUUGAGCGGGAACGGUUACUGAAACGUCUCGGGCCAGAGUUGGAUUCGGUAGAUCCUACCUUAAAAGAAAGAUUGCUGUCUGUUAUUUUAGAUAAAGAAAAGGCGACAUCUAACCAAUCUUCUGGGGGUGGCUCUUCUGAUCAAAGGCAAGUUGUAGCUAAUAGAAAACAAAAUGAAAUAAAAAUGUUAAACGAGCGCGAAAAACAGCUUGAAAAAGAACUUGCCGAACUUAAGUCAACUGGCACGAAAAAAAUUACGAAGAGUUUGGUACCGCAAUACGAUGAUUUGGAGGAGAAGAACAAAGAAAAAAAACAGAGCCGUGGACGCCGUCGUUCUGUGGAGUCUGCAAGUUCACGAAGUUCUAGCAGCAGCUCCAGCGACAGUGGAAGCAGGUCUGGUAGUAAGCGAAGUAAACGUCGUCGUCGCGGAUCGCCUUCCAAGUCGCGAAGUAGAAAGAAGCGCAAAAGAAGCACAAGUAGGGAUCGAAGAAAAAAGGGUUCCAACAGAAGAGGUCGUGACGAGGAUAGGAAGAAAAGGUCGGAUCGAAAGAAAUCUGCGCCUGAUCGGAAGAAGCCGGUAAAGAUGACGCUGAAAGCUCACGACAAGGGCGGAAGAAUUGUGGACACUACGAAUCCGCUUCCUGAUGACAGCGAGUCGGAAGGUCAAUCGGAUGACGGCGACGUGACGGAGAUUACUCCUACGACUAUACCUGUGAUUGGUUCGUCUGCUUCAAUCCCUGUGCUUGGCUCUAAUGCACCACCUGUGCGUUCUGAUGCUAUUAAUAAACCGUUCGCAAGUACUUCAAACGUAUCCACUCUGUCAUCCAUAGCACCUCAACGAAGAGAGCAGUUUUCAUUUUGGAAAAAUCCAGCUGUUGUUGCUACGCCGCUGCAGAAAGACUCGCCGAAGGAGGACGUGUGGGAUAUUGCUUUUUCUGGUGCGAAGGAGAGCGAAAAGGAAGCUGACGAGACAGCUAAUUUGUUCAGUUCUUCCACUGACAUGCAAAAUCCAUUGCCCAUAGAUAUUUUAAAUAUCCUAAAGAGUGUUGCACCAAUUAUGCAAAACAUGCAGCAAUUGUCGCAACAACCUCAAGUGCCACAACAACCAGAUCGACUACAAGCCACCUCGCAACCCAGCAGCAACACUCGUCUUCCUGGGGAACCUUCCACACCUCAACAGGGCAGCUCCGCUGGUGGUAGGGUACGAAGUAUUUUAAAGAAAAUGAAGGAAGCGCCCCCAGUUACGGUAGUAGACGAUGACGAUCCUGCUCCUACCGAACCUAAACCAACACCAAAAGGAUUUUCAAUCCCUGGUUUGGAAUCUGCGCCAACCACAACUAAUAAGACACCGUCUGUUGAUGCACGUGACAGAUCGGAUUUUGAUGGACAACGUAACUAUCCAGCGUCAGAAAAUUAUGGCGAAAAGGAGUCUUAUAGUGGGGAUGUUAUUUAUUCUGGUACAUCAGCCCGUAACAGAGAUACACAACACUUGAACAAAGCCAACUUGCAAGCACCCUUGCGAAACAGUCCCGUAGACAUGCAAUCGACUGUUCCUGAUUAUGGUGAUUUGAGAAGAGAACCAGCUCGAGGUCAUGAUAACGAUAUAAGUCGUUGGGGUGCAAGUGUUGAAUCAACAAGAAGUCGUGACGAUCGCGUUGCUUACGAUGGGAACAGACAGCAGUCGCUUGGUUUGCAGCGAGAUCGCUCACCUGUUGCUGUGCGGAGAGCGGAAGAAGCCUACAAGUCAAGAGGUUAUCCAGAUGAUAUAAAUCGGCCAAAUUUGGAGCGGGAUUAUCCUUCGCGUUUCUUACCACCCGUACGACGUGAUGACGUACCUGUGGGUAGGGAAAUUCCACCGCCUAAUGUGGAUAGAAUGUUGCCCCGUCCUAGAGAUCCGUACGCAGUCGCCGACAGCAGGGCAGGUUAUCGUUUCGAUGGCGAUCCACCUCCCAGAGUAUCAGAAUUCGAGAGACGAACCGACGACAGAGGUCCGCCACCUAUAUUGGAUGAUAGACCGCCAGUUCGAAAUCCUGGAGAAUCGGAAGACACGUACUACGAAAGGUUUGAGAGGUACUACGAAAUGAAGAGGCGUAGAGAGCAAGAAGUGCUGCGAAGAAGCAGAUUACCUGAUGAUGACUUUCGAAGGGGACCACCUCCACGUGGUGUUCCACUUCGCGACGAUCCACUGUACAGACCAGCACCAAGGUUGGAAGACAGAUAUGACGACAGACUUAGACGGCCCGAUGAUCGAGGGGCUUUACCGCCACUAGAGUACAGCGGGAGAGCUGCUGGAGGUCGUCCGGAACCAAGUAGAGAUGGAAGAUUUUUGGAAGGAGAUAGAAGACGUUUGCCUGACGACACAUAUCGUCGAAUAGAGACGGAACGCCGCCCCCUUGAAGAAGACCGUCGCAGAACCGAGUUACCUGGAAGAAUGCCAGAAGACCGCCGCCCUUACGGAAGAUAUGAGAGAGAUCCGUACGAGCGAACAUUUCUAGAAAAAGAUAAGUUUCCACCAACAGUUACAGACGAUCCAUACGUCCCAGCACAGGGCAAGCGAUCUUUUGAAGGUCCAACCACUCACCUCCCCCCUCCUGGUAAAGCUGAUGUUUCAGGAACUGGGAAUGAAUCAAACAAAGAUAGACCAGGACCAAUUAAUCGCGGAAUUCUACUUGAACGAAGUCAAGAUAUGAAAGCAAGAGAUCUAAACAACAGUUCAACGAUAAACGAACCGCCGGGUCAGAAUUUUAGAGGUCCUCCACCGCCACGGCCUAUGGACCAAUAUCCCCAGCAGAGAGGAGAUGAGAGGAUUCGCGUAAGAACGCAGUAUUACUGAGCUAGAAAGCUGUUGGAUAUUCUCUUUGAUGGUUUUUAUUUUCACUUUUUGCUGGUGCCAACGCAAAGAAAAAGAAUUGAUUGUGUUCCUGUCAUAAAUGAACGUCUAAAAGCAAGACAAGAAAAGAGAGGGAGAGUGAAACUCCAGACCAGGGCCAUUACGGGUCAAUACUUAUUGCGGGUUUUAGACGAUAUUAUAUCUCUUUUAAAUGAAGUACAACAUUUAAUGUUGAUGAACCUUGGAUGGUAUGAGUAGGUGGCAAAUCAAAAAAUAUUUAGUUGUUACGAAUUUGUGCUUCUUUCAUGAGAGACCUUGCGAAAGUCACAUCUUAACUAGAUGUAUUUGGGAUGAAACGCUUCAUUUUUUCACUUUUUUUCUGGCUUAGAAGAGAUUAUAUUUUUAUGAUUUUUAUCUGAAAGAAAUAUUAGUAGUGUUAUGGAUUCUAUAUAUACUUACUUUAUGUCAUUUUUUAAGUGCUUCAAUAUUGUUUCUGCAUAUUUCUUCAGUUCAGGUGGUUGAAGAAAUGUUGCCCUUCUUAUUUUAUCAUUCCGUCCUUCUACGUGCUUUGUUACAAAAUUUUUUUGUCUGAUUGUAUUUACGAGAUGUAUUAUGUCCUGGUUUACACGUAGUAGAGUAGUAAUAAAUAUAUGUUUUUAAA